AUGGCCACUCCUUCCGAUAAUGACAAUGAAGUCGAUGAGGAAGUCCCGCCAAACAUGGACGAAGACCUUGAAGGCGGUUAUGGAGACAUUGGAAUCGAUGAUGAGACUGCCUACAGUGGUACCGUCACUGACGAUAUGGAUGAUAUGGAUGAUAUUGACAAAGCGUCAAGCGAAGUGUCAACUGUCCUCCUCGGUGAUCAGCAAGCAAGUUCUAGCCAAGCGUGUUCAACCUGGCUACAAUGCCAAUCACAUCUGCAUCUACACUUGCAACUAUUCCAACCUCAGAUUACGCGCCGGCACAAUGCUUCCAAGGAAUUUCCACAUCACGCCGCCGGUGACGACAAGGUCGACCUUGGAUUCCUCACGGCCGCUACCGACUCUCCAACUCCUACAGACAAAGCGGACAAGUAUCUCGUGGCCGCAAUCCUAGCGCAGAAACGCAUCGUCUAUACGUCCUCGUCCGACCAACUCGCCCAAGCCGUUUCGUGGUACAACCUCGGCUAG